UCUUCCCUUCUCCAUUGUCUGCUCGCAAGCCCUCGCUCUCUCUCCCUCUUGUCCACACUCACAGAGGAGGCAACACGCAGGAUUCACCAUCUCCUUCCCGACACAGAAGAGAGGGGAGCCGAGGCAUCCCUCCGAGGUGUGGGGGGAUUUCCCCCUCCUGCCAGAUGCCGGGGGAUUAGCAGCUCCCUCCUCCCAUCGGAGCCCCUUUGGCAUUGUGGAAGGCGAAGAGGGAGAGAGGAGAAGGCGAAAAAAGCCCUCGGAACGCCUGCAACCAGGAAAUUGCUCUCCAAACAGCAGGUGGCUGGUUAAGCAGCAUGCCUUUGUUCUUAACUGCUGAAUCGAGCACCCCGUAGUCACUGGCUUCAGUGUUUAUCUUCCAAGAGAUGUCUGCAACUAGAGGCAAUGGAGAACACUGGAAAUCCUUGGAGUCUGUGGGGAUUAGCCGCAAGGAGCUGGCUCUUGCGGAAGCCCUGCAGAUGGAGUAUGAUGCCCUGUCCCGCCUGAGGCAAGACAAAGAGGAGAGCCAAGCCAAGCAAAAUUCUGACCAGCCUCUUAUUUCUUGGGAUGAUCCAAUUCUGGAUUACAACAAACCUGCUGUAAGGAAUGACUGCCACAAUAUCAAGGUCAUGCGAGGCCUAUCCGGCUCAGACUCAACUCUUAAUUACAAUGCCCUCUCUGGCCAGGAGGGUUCAAGAGCUUUUGAAAGCAGUAAUACUACCUCAUCCACUCUGCUGCCUGAGCCAGAGAGCCAGCCUUGGUUGAAGGGACCUCUCUCUAGUGACUACUUGUAUAUCUAUGAUAGCACAGGGCAUGAUUUUGUCAAGGAGCCCCUCAAUAGUUCAUCCUGCCAGAACCGUAGUGGCAGCAGUUCCCCUAAGAAGCUUUCUCCACCCCCUUUGCCCCCUCGCAUUGCCAUCUGGGACACCUCAGAAGUGAAUCAAGCUUCUCUCAAAGAGUCCCAACCCAACGAUAUCAACAUGUUCUCUUCAUCCCAGGAGAGACCUGAUGGGAAAUGGCUAGGGCGUAGAAUCUCAGAGGAGGACCCAUAUAGCACAGUAGACUAUGAUGGCAUCAAUGAUGCUAUCACCCGACUCAACCUCAAGUCCACUUAUGACACUGAACUUUUGAGGGAAACCACCUGGAGCUGGAAGGAAGGGAGAAGUAUUUUUGAGAAAGAAAGUAGUGGGAAGCCAGUUGCUCGUAGCAAGACUAUGCCUCCUCAGGUCCCUCCCAGGACUUAUGUCUCCAGGUCCGGUGGACGAAAGAAUGCGGCACUCAACAAGAACUGGAGGAUAUCAGCGGAUCCGGCCACUUCUCGCCAUCAUCCAGUGGCCAAUGGCUACGAGCUGUUUGAGGUUUCUGAAGAGAAGGACGAAGAAGUGGCUGCUUUCUGCCAUAUGCUGGAUGUAUUGAGAUCUGGUUACAGUACCAAAGACUAUUCCCUCACUGGUUAUGUCUGGAGCGCUGUCAACCUGAGCCCAGAACACCUUGGCCAUGGAAUCAGCUUGAAAGUGACAGUGGUUUAUGACAGCUUGCAGGAACCUCUCACCUUCACUUGUGACUGUUCUUCCACGGUGGAUUUGCUCAUCUACCAGACAUUGUGCUACACUCAUGAUGAAUUGCGUGACAUUGACGUGGAUGACUUUGUUCUGAAACUUUGUGGCCUGGAGGAAUUCUUGCAAAAUAAGCAACCACUGGGAAGUCAUGAAUAUAUUCAGCACUGCAGGAAGUUUGACAUUGACAUCCGGCUGCAAUUGAUGAAGAGGACCGCUGUGUGCACUGACUUGGCAAGGACGGUGAAUGAUGACCAAAGUCCUUCUACCCUCAACCACUAUGUUCACCUCCAGGAGAGGCCAAUCAAGCAAACCAUCACCAGGCAGGCCUUGAGUCUUCUCUUUGAUACCUUUCAUAAUGAAGUUGAUGCAUUCCUAGCUGCUGAGGGAGACUUCCAGCUGAAGGCAGAGCGAGUGAUCCAAUCUGUCAUGGCCAUUUGCAAUGCUUUGGCUGCUGUGGAGUCCCAGGAGAUCACGGGAGCCUUGAAUCAGCUACCACCUUGUCCCUCUCGUAUGCAGCCCAAAAUCCAGAAGGAUCCAAAUGUUUUGGCCAUGAGAGAAAACAGAGAGAAAAUUGUGGAAGCUUUGACAGCCUCCAUCUUGGAUCUAGUGGAACUCUACUGCAACACAUUCAAUGCAGACUUCCAGACUGUGGUACAUGAGAACAGAAAGCAUUAUCUCUCCCAAGAAGCCUGCCUUCUUUCUUGCCCCCUCUCCUUUACAGUGUACGCCACACAUCGUAUACCUAUCACUUGGGCUACAAGCUAUGAAGAUUUUUACCUUUCCUGCUCACUUAGCCAUGGUGGCAAAGAGCUCUGCAGCCCCUUACAAACUCGGAAAGCUCAUGUAUACAAGUAUCUCUUUCAUCUUAUCAUCUGGGACCAACAAAUCUGUUUCCCAAUUCAAGUGAACCGCCUACCACGAGAGACCCUUCUGACUGCCACACUCUAUGCCAUUCCAGUCCCUCCUCCAGGGAGCUCUUCAGAAGCAAACAAGCAGCGCCGAGUCCCAGAGGCUUUAGGCUGGGUCACCACUCCACUCUUCAACUUUCGGCAGGUCCUGACUUGUGGACGGAAACUCCUAGGUUUGUGGCCAGCAACUCAAGGUUCCUCUAGUGCAAGAUCAAGUGCUCCCAAUUUCAACCAGCCCGACAGUGUUAUUCUGCAGAUUGACUUCCCAAGCUCAGCAUUCGAAGUGAAGUUUACUAAGCCACCACCAGCAGAGUUCAGUCCCCAGUACAAUUUCAACUGCCUUUCGGGGGGAGACCAGAAGAAGCUGAAGGAGGUGAUGCAGAAGGAAUCACUCUAUUGGUUAACAGAUGCUGACCGGAAGCGGCUAUGGGAAAAGCGUUAUUACUGUCAUUCUGAGCCAGGCUCAUUACCUCUGCUCCUUGCUAGUGCCCCAAGCUGGGAGUGGGCCUGCUUGCCUGACAUCUAUGCCCUGCUGAAACAAUGGACGCACAUGAAUCACCAGGAUGCCCUUGGGCUCCUCCAUGCAGCGUUCCCAGAUCAGGAGGUAAGAAGAACAGCAGUGCAAUGGAUUGACUCCAUAUCUGAUGCAGAACUACUGGAUUACCUGCCCCAGUUGGUACAGGCUCUCAAAUAUGAAUGCUACUUGGACAGUCCCCUGGUGCGGUUUCUUAUGAAGCGAGCCAUCUGUGACCUGAGGAUCACCCAUUAUUUCUUCUGGUUACUGAAAGAUGGUCUCAAGGAUUCUCAGUUCAGCAUCCGUUACCAGUACCUGCUGGCGGCUCUACUGUGUUGCUGUGGGAAGGGCCUGCGAGAAGAGUUUGACCGCCAGUGCUGGCUUGUUAACACCCUGGCUAAACUGGCACAGCAGGUCCGUGAAGCAGCUCCAUCAUCCCGACAGACUAUUCUUCGGGACGGCCUGGAGGAUGUAAAGCAGUUCUUCAACGUUAAUGGCUCUUGUCGGCUACCACUUAGUCCCAGUCUUCUGGUGAAGGGGAUUGUGCCACGGGAUUGUUCCUAUUUCAACUCCAAUGCUGUCCCUCUGAAGCUCUCCUUCCAGAAUGUUGAUCCUCUUGGGGAGAAUAUCCGUGUUAUUUUUAAGUGUGGAGAUGAUCUCCGGCAGGACAUGCUAACUUUGCAGAUGAUUCGCAUAAUGAACAAGAUCUGGGUGCAAGAAGGUUUAGACAUGCGCAUGGUCAUAUUCCGUUGUUUCUCCACAGGUCGUGGCCGGGGAAUGGUUGAGAUGAUCCCUAAUGCAGAAACUCUGCGAAAGAUCCAGGUGGAGCAUGGUGUCACAGGCUCCUUUAAGGAUCGUCCCCUUGCUGAUUGGCUACAGAAACACAACCCCAAGGAGAAUGAAUAUGAAAAGGCAGUGGAGAACUUUAUCUAUUCCUGUGCAGGCUGCUGUGUAGCCACAUAUGUGUUGGGAAUCUGUGACCGGCACAAUGACAACAUUAUGCUCAAGACCACUGGACACAUGUUCCACAUUGACUUUGGCAGAUUUCUAGGCCAUGCACAGAUGUUUGGUAACAUAAAGAGGGACCGAGCCCCAUUUGUCUUCACAUCAGACAUGGCUUAUGUCAUCAAUGGUGGGGACAAACCAUCUAGUCGCUUCCAUGAUUUUGUUGAUCUUUGUUGCCAAGCUUACAACCUGAUCCGCAAGCACACUCAUCUCUUCAUCAAUCUUCUAGGCCUGAUGCUAUCUUGUGGAAUCCCUGAGCUCUCUGACCUUGAGGACCUAAAGUAUGUCUAUGAUGCUCUGAGACCACAGGACUCUGACGCAGAUGCCACCACCUAUUUUACCAGACUAAUAGAAUCCAGCCUGGGCAGCGUGGCCACAAAACUCAACUUCUUCAUUCACAAUCUGGCACAGAUGAAGUUUACAGCUUCAGACACCCGGCCGACACUUUCUUUUGCUCCCCGUGUGCAUACGAUCAAGACAUCUAGUAGGAUCCUUGACGUCUACCUCUGCCGCCAUGAGAAGAUCUUCAAUCCCAGCAAGGGCUAUAUAUACAUUGUGAAGGUGAAACGAGAGAAUCCCUCUGAGAUCUCCUACAUCCAGCGGACUUUUGAGGAGUUCCAAGAGCUGCAUAACAAGCUACGUCUGAUCUUCCCCUCCUCAGAUCUUCCAAGCUUUCCUAGCAGGUUUGUGAUUGGACGAUCACGAGGAGAGGCAGUGGCUGAGAAGAGGAAAGAGGAGCUGAAUGGCUACAUUUGGCAUCUGAUCCAUGCUGCCCCUGAAGUGGCCGAGUGUGACCUGGUGUAUACAUUUUUCCACCCACUUCCAAGAGAUGAAGUUGCUGCAGGCACCUGCCCAGUUCCAAAGUUGGCAGAUGCAACAUGGUCCCAACCUGUUGGAAAAGUGGGUGGGGAGGUGAAGCUGUCAGUCUCCUACAAGAACAACAAGCUCUUUAUCAUGGUGAUGCACAUCCGAGGUCUGCAGCCUAUUCAGGAUGGCAGUGAUCCCGACCCUUAUGUCAAAAUUUACCUUCUGCCUGACCCCCAGAAAACUACCAAGAGAAAAACCAAAGUUGCUCGAAAAACCUGCAACCCAACUUACAAUGAAAUGCUUGUCUAUGAUGGCAUUCCUAAAGGCGACCUCCACCAGCGAGAGCUUCAUCUCAGCGUCCUGAGUGAAGAGGGCUUUUGGGAAAACAUCCUCCUUGGGGAGGUCAUUAUCAGACUGCGGGACCUGGAUCUGACACGGGAAAAGAUGGGCUGGUUUGAAUUGGGCUCUAGGAGUCACGGGACCAUGUGAAGAGCAAAGAGGCAGCUGCAAUGUCUUUGGAACCACUUUGGCUCCUUGCGAGCCCCUGGGAAUUGGUGCAUGUUCCAGAAGUUAUAUUCUGGUAUAUCUGAAAGGGUUUACUUCCCUGAAAAUAAGAAGGAUGGAUAUGUUGUUUCUCUGCAAAUGAAGGGUUAAUUUCCUGUGGAGAAUGAGAAUGUUGGGAUUGAGUCAUGAGAGGAAAUUCUCUUAUGACUUGAAAAAGCUGCCAUAGAAGGACUUUUUUUAUAAAUACAUUUACCUUGUGUCAAGGGAACAAUGACUUAAAGUGGGGGAGUUGAAAUGUUCAGUGCUCUUCCUCACCUCUUUAGGAUAUUUUUAAUUUUUUAAAAAACAAAUAGUAAAACAUUUGAGCCCACACAAGAUAGGAUGGAAUCCAAGUGGAGAAGGAACUUUUCAGUCUGGGCUGAAUCAUCAGUGCGAUUCUUAAUUGAUUUUCUCAAGACUGUUUUAAUUUUUUUAAUGGAAUGCUUGCAUAUGAGCUGGGGAGGGAAGGGAAUAUAUAUGGGAUAGAUGUGAAUGAUAGUUUAAACCCUUAUCUCUGGGAUAUGAGCUAAUGUGCUCCACCUCAAGCCAUCUUGGAGAAUUUGCUUCCAAAGGAGAGCUAUGUAACUUGUACAUGAGUAGAGCUUAAAAUUCCUGAUUUCCUGCAAGGAAAACGUAAUCUGGAAGGCAUGCACACUUGGAUUAGACUCUGGAUUUGUUCGAAGAAGACAGAAGGUAACAGUAUUUCCUCUUGAUCCCACAAAGGCCUUGGCUGCCAGUGUUUACAAAGUUGUCAAAUUCAUUUUCACUGAGGGCCACAUCAGCCUUAUUGCCUUCAAAGGCCAUUUGUAAUUGUCAAACUAUAUAAAUGUAAUUACAUGUUGCCCUGGCAUUGAAAGCCUCAUGGGCCACAUAAAAAUAUAGGGUGGGCCAGAUUCGGCCCACAGGCCUUGCAUUUCACACAGUGUCACCUCCGCUUACCUUGCGUGCUUAUCUGAAUUGCCUCUCUCUCAUACUGGGCAGUCUGAGGAAUCUGACAAAUUGCAUCAAGUUUGGGAAGCAGAGGGUUUUCAUGACUAUAAGAGGGAGAAACUGGUCUUAUCUCUCCUAAACUGUGACUUUGGAGAACUGAUUCUGUGAAUUAGCCAAAUAUCCUUUAUGGCAGUCAGUCUCCUAGGUUUGGUAAUUUCUUUCCAGGUUACCUAACUGCUGUUGCCUAAAGUGCAGAUUACCUUAGCUCAUUUUAAAGCUGUUAUGGAUUAUCUUCUUUAGUGUUACUGCAGGCUCUUCUUUCAUGAUGUUGGGUUGGACGCCAGAGAAUAAUGAUAAAAGUACGGGAUAACUGGUGAAAAGGUUACUUUGGCAUUAGCCAUUAAGCACCAAUGAUUUCUGGAAGCAUUUAUGUGCACCACCUGCAUUGCAACAACUCUCAUAGAGCAGGUGGCCACAAGCUGUUUCUUUCUUCAAGAAGUAAAACUUUAUUUAAAAAAGGAAAAAGCAACACCAGGUGGGAAAAUCACCAACUUUUAAAAAUCCUUUUCUCUUAUAGCUAAUAACUAUAUAAAAGACCAGGUUGAUGUUGUUGUUGUUAUUGUUACUGUUGUUUUAUAAAAAACAUAUUUUUACAGGAUGUCCUAUUUGGGCAUUGCCAUUUGCCUCCUUGAAUAAAAGAGACAGCACUUCAAACUAGGAAGGGGGAGUCUUUCCACAUCUCAGGCAAGAGCCUUGCAACUCCAAGCCUGUCCUUUCGUAGUCCUUUCUGAGUAUUUGUUUACAAUGAGAACUCCCUAACAAUUGACUGUUUCUCAGGAUCAAAAAAUGUUCUUAACAUUUUAAAAUGAAUACAUUGGGAGAAGGCUGUUUUUUCACUCUUUCAUUGACUGAAGUUUAUCUGAAAGUGGCAUCUUACCAAUGUGCACAGAGAUGUAGGUGGAUUUCAAAGAGACAACAACUGAACAGGAUAUUGGCUGUGUUCUUAUGUCAUCCGUCCUAUAGGAAACAAGGUAGAGAUGGCACAUUAUGGAAACCUGUAUCUUUUCCUGUUGUAAAAUGGUGGCAUUGAUUCAAAAUAAAGAAAUGGAAAUGGAAAUCA